GUAAUACAAACAAUGGCAUCCGGUUCAUUCUGGUACUAUGGCAUUGAAAACUGCUUGCGAAAUGCAUUUCGUGACUUAAAUCAAACAAUUCAAGUUCUUCUCAAUUUCAAUGUUGAUGGUUUACCCCUGUUCCGAAGUAACAAGUUUCAGUUUUGGCCAGUUUUAAUUGACAUAGCCAAUAUGCAUGAAAUUAGACCAAUGGUUGUAGCAAUUUAUUUCGGCGAUUCGAAACCACCAUCCAGCGAAGAGUUUUUAAGAUCAUAUGUUGACGAGAUUAAUAGUCUAAUUUUAAAUGGAAUUGAGUUUCCAAACGGCUCAAAAAUAUUGAUCAAGAUUAAUGCGUAUAUUGCAGACACCCCGGCUCGAGCAUUUAUUAAAUGCGUUAAGACACACACCGCAUAUAACAGUUGUACAAAAUGUAACGUUGUAGGAGAAUUCGAUCGAUCGGGAAACCACAUGAGCUUUCCAAGGUUAGAUUGUCGACGAAGAACUCAUUUAGAUUUUAUAAACAAAGUUGAUGAAGAUCAUCAUCUAUGGAAUUCAAGAAUGCGACAGUUUUAUCACACCCUUUUGGAGGAAAUUGAAGGCAUUGACAUGAUAAAAAAUUCCCUAUUGCUGAUUCGAUGCACUUAAUUGAAUUAGGUAUGUUUAUUUUAGAAACAUAUUAGCUCGAAAUUGGCAUCGAUACAUUGUCGUUCUGGAAAUCAAUAGAAUAUCGAACAUUUUUGUUAUACCUUGGCCCAGUGAUAAUGAAAAGUUUUUUACCAACUGAGUUUUAUAAACACUUUUGGAAUUUAGUUUUAGCAACGACGAUAUAUUCAUGCGAACGAUAUGUACAAAGUCCCGGAGUUCUUGACGUCGCUAGGAAUUUGAUGAAUGAAUAUGUGGAAGAAUUUAUAUCUCUGUAUGGCAACGACUCUAUCAGCUCCAAUGUCCACAAUUUAAUACAUGUUCAUGAUGACGUUCUGAAAUUUGGAUCUUUGCGAAAUAUUUCUGCAUAUCCAUUUGAGAGUACGCUGUAUUGGUUGAAAUGUCUUUUAAAAAAUGGUUCCAGACCUUUGAGUCAAGUGGCUAAACGUAUUAUUGAAAUGAAUAAGUUGAAUUCCCGGCCUUCAAAAUCAGCCGUAUACCCCAUUUUAAGCAAACAAAUUGUCGCAAGCUCUGAAAUGUAUGGCAGAGUAGAUUUUUCAGCAUUCAUGCUAUCAAAUGACCGAAAGAAUAAGUGGUUUUUGACCAAAAAUAGUGAAAUCGUUGAAAUGAUAUACGCGACAUCAAACAGCACCACAAUAAAGAUACAUGGAAGAAGCAUUCGGCGAUAUGCCGAUUUUAAUACCAGUCCCUUCUCAUCUCGCCAUUUAAAUAUUUAUUCCGCAGCCAUUGAAAUGGAGAUACUGAAGGAAUAUUCCGCAGAUGAUAUAAAAUGUAAACUUGUUUGUUUACAUCCAUAUGAUCCGGAAUGUAGGCAGAAUAACCAGUUUUUUAAUGCUAAAAAAGGCGUAUUCUUUCCUUUAAUUCACACUUUGUAACCCCGUAUACAUUUUAUUCCUUCAUUCAAAUAAAAAAGACAACACUUAAGUUAAAAACAUUCAUUUUAAUAUCUCCGUUUUUAUACAUACAUAUGUAUUUUGUUAGACACUGAACUGUAUCUAUUUUAAUGGAAAAUUCUUAAUGAUAAAUACAUAAAUACACAGGGUAGGGUUUAGU